CAUUUUCAUCCAUAUCAUAUAUCACCCGCUCCACUCCCCCAUUCAUCACAGAUCUAUCUGCCCAUCGGCACCAUUACCAACCAGGCAACCAUGGCUCCUAAAGUCAACCGUUUGUUCUUCAAUCUCCUCAUCGUCUUCAUCAUCGCCGCCGUCGUCAGAUCUUCUGAUCCGGAUUGUGUGUACACCAUUUACGUCAGAACUGGAUCGAUACUUAAAGCCGGAACAGAUUCCAACAUGACGUUAACACUAUACGACGCCGCCGGCUAUGGCAUCAGGAUCAACAAUCUAGAAGCUUGGGGUGGUUUGAUGGGUCCUGGGUACAACUAUUUCGAGAGGAGCAAUCUGGACAUUUUCAGUGGAAGAGGCCCUUGUUUGACCGGAGCACCGUGUGAGAUGAACAUCACCUCCGACGGCACCGGGGCUCACCAUGGUUGGUAUUGUAAUUACAUUGAGGUAACGACUACCGGAGCACACAUCCCCUGCGCACAACAGACAUUCACGGUUGAACAGUGGCUUGCUACCGACACGUCACCAUACGAACUUACCGCCGUCAGAAAUUACUGUGGAUCCGACGGCGAUAGUAGUUUAUCCGCUCACCGGCGCCACGUAAUCCGCGGUACUGCUUCAUCACUGCUUUCUGUUGUGUGAGAGGCGAUCGGAUGGCAAAAGUGAUGUUUGAAGUUUGCAUCAAAUGGUUUUGAUUUUGGAGUGAAACCCAUCGAGGGUUUGAUUUUGUUGUUGAGAUUGGAAUCCCACAAUAAACUCUUGGAGAUCUCUUCAUUCAUAAAUUAAGAUUUUGUAUGUGUGUAUUUCUAGUAAACAUCGCCUGUAAUCUUAUUAUCAAUUAUCAAUAGAAAUAAAAGGUGUGAUGUUAUUUUGUCUUGAAUUUUAU